GAGACAUUACUAACUUCCUUGACCGGUUGACUUGCCAGCUUCGUUUUCCAUUUUUGUGGCCCAUAUAUAUGUGGACUCAGGCGGUUCUUCCAAUCAUCUGGUUCUUCUAUCUCAGUUAAAUUAUCAAGGGUUUCGUAACUUUCUUCUGUUUGAUGGGAAAAACCAUACCUUUCGUGAUUUCCCUGUGUUUUAUACCCCCAGCUUUCGAAGAUUUACCGUAGAGUUUGAGGUUUUACGAUCAUUCAUCAAUGUUGGGAAGAUCAUGCUCUUUUCACUUUGAAUUGGACUCUUCUCUUCUUUUCCCAUCAUCGUGGUAGUUGAAUGUGUUAAAUUUGACGAACAAAAGUUGUUAGAGGAUUUAGUGGCUGUACAGGGAUUACAAUUUGGAUGUAUAUAGCUAUGGUUGGCAAUUGCUUCGGUGCCUUGAAUUGUUGUAAAGGGAAGAAUGAAGCUGCUGGCCAGUCAGAUGAACAAGUGAUUGCAACUAAAACUUUUAGUUACAAUUCAAUGCGAUCAGCCACAGGAGAUUUUCAUCCAUCUACCAGAAUUGGUGGAGGAGGUUAUGGAGUUGUCUACAAGGGUGUAUUAAGAGAUGGUACUCAAGUUGCUAUCAAGUCUCUGUCUGUAGAGUCUAAACAAGGAACAAAGGAAUUUAUGACAGAAACUGAAAUUAUAUCAAAGAUACAGCAUCCAAACCUUGUGCAACUUAUUGGCUGCUGUGUUGAGGGCCACCAUCGGCUGUUGGUGUAUGAGUUUUUGGAAAACAAUAGCCUUGCAAGUUCUUUGCUUCGUAAGUACCGGAACAAUCCAAUUAAGCAUAUGGAAGUGAGUCUUGUCUGA